ACCCCAGAGUGGACGCUUUACUCCCCACCCCCAUGUUUUUCUCGGGGCCCGGCCAUGCCCCGCGCGUGUCUGUGGAAGGCGGAAACGGCUGCAGGGGCUGUCUUUUUGCGAAGGGGUCUAGUUUUCGCCUGCCAUGUCCGGGGGCUUCGAGUUGCAGCCGCAGGACGGCGGCCCCCCGGUGGCCCUGACGCCCGGGGAGACGGUGAUCGGCCGCGGGCCGCUGCUGAGAAUAACAGACAAGAGAGUAUCCAGAAGACAUGCUAUUCUUGAGGUGGUGGGUGGUCAGCUUCGAAUCAAACCGAUACACACAAAUCCAUGUUUUUAUCAGUCUUCCAAGAAGGGCCAACUCUUACCAUUGAAGACAAAUCUAUGGCAUUGGUUGAAUCCUGGAGAUAGUUUUUCCUUGUUAGCUGACAAAUACAUUUUUCAUGUUUUCUCUACACAUUCUGAAAUGGAAAUGGAAUGUACAUUAAGAAACAGUCAAAUGUUUGAUGAAGAUAAUAUAUUGAAUGAAACACCAAAAUCCCCUGUGAUUAAUUUACCUGAUGAGACAACUGGUGCCUCACAGCUGGAAAGAAGCACAGAAAUAACCAAGAUCCAGACUACUACCACAAAUAGUGUGUCUUUCCUAGGUGAAGGUAGAGACUUCAGUACACAGCAGCCAAACCUUGCCCAGAGGAAAAGAAUCCUUCCAGCUUGGAUGUUAGCAGAAAAUUUAAGUGAUCAAAACCUUUCAGCAUCAGUAAUCAGUGGAGAUAAUAAUGUAACCCAGGGCAGUGGAACAGAAGGAAUCUGCAAACAUAAAACCCAUGCAAACAUAACACAGCAAGGAAGAAAGCGAUUAAUUUCAUCAGGAAGUUCAGAAAAUAUAUCAGCAGAACAAGAUACAGAAAAAAAGUGCAAAAGCACUGAUCAGAAAGAGCCUGUCAUUUCAUCCAAGGAAAUGCCACAAUCGUUUUCUGCAAUCACAUUAAGUAACACAGAAAUGGAUAAUAUGAAGACUAAUAUAUUGAAAAAUAAAAUCCCAGUAGAUGAACUUGGUGAGGUUUCUGAGCAUAAAAUUGUCACUAAAGGAACACCACAUAAAGAAGAUGAGGCAGUGAGCUGUUCUGAAAGUUGUUCAAGUGCCCAAGGCAAGUCAUUCUGCAGUGAGUUUCAAGGAUCUCAUCCUGAGUCUGCCUGUGAUUUCUCUAAUCCUGAAACUCUGCAUGCAAAGGCACCUGAUUCAGUUCCACAAGGUACUGAAGAAAACAAGAUCAAGAGGUCAUCCUGCAUGUAUGGGACAAACUGCUACAGGAAGAAUCCUGUCCAUUUUCAACACUUCAGCCACCCUGGUGAUAGUGAUUACGGAGGUGUGCAAGUCAUGGAUCAAGAUAAGACUGAUGAGCGGCCUGAAUGUCCCUAUGGAGCAUCUUGUUACAGGAAGAAUCCUCAGCAUAAGAUAGAAUAUAGACAUAACACACUUCCAAUGAGAAAUGUUUUAGAUGAAGAUAAUGAUAAUGUUGGGCAACCCAAUGAGUAUGACCUGAGUGACAGCUUUCUAGAUGAUGAGGAAGAAGAAUAUGAACCAACAGAUGAAGAUUCUGACUGGGAACCAGGAAAGGAAGACCAAGAGAAGGAAGAUGUGGAAGAGCUUUUAAAAGAAGCAAAAAAGUUUAUGAAAAGAAAAAAGUAACUCUUUUCUACAAUAAUGUAUGGCUCACAUAUACUUUUUCUUUAUGGGAAAAAAAUUCAGGAACUAAGGAGGUCCUUAAGCAAUCAUUGUUUUCCUUCUUUUGAGAAUUAUGAUUUUUACUAUUGACUCUUUGCAAAUGAGAUAUUGAAAUGUCAGCCUUCAGUGUAGUAGAUGAAAUUUAAUUUGUUAUCUUGCCUUUUCUUUCCUAUUGAAAGCAUCUGCAAAUAGGAAGCAGAGAAGUUGAAGAGUAAUACUUGAUAUUUUUCAUGUACUUUGUGAAUUGGUAAUAAAAAGAUAAAACCUAUAGGUUGCACAAAA